AUUUUGAAUUCAUACAGAGAGUGUAAUUUUCAACUCAUCUGGGUUCAUUGCUCAAUCUUCUAACUGCUUAACCAGUAGUUAUAAGAUACAUCUAUAACUGUUACAGCUGUGUUUAGAUAACUUUCACAACUGCCAUUCAAAUAUUCUCUUUUGCCUUUUAGUUGGUUUUCUGAGUAAAUUGUAAACAUUAUGGCCAGUCUUCCAAGGUGUAAAGCACCAGAGAUGUUGCGGCUGGCGAUAGCAGAGUUGUUGGCAACAUUCAUACUUGUCACUUUUGGAUGUGGCUCUAUUGCUCAGAUGGUGUUGAGCCGUGAGACCAAAGGCACAUUCUUUUCCGUGAAUUUUAGCUGGGGUAUUGGAAUAACUCUGGGCUGUUAUUGGGCCGGUGGGAUAUCUGGAGCUCAUAUGAAUCCAGCAGUCACACUUGCCUUUGCGGUUGCUAGGAAACUGUGUUGGACCAAAGUACCUGUCUACUGGCUAGCCCAGCUGUCUGGGGCUUUCUUUGCAUCUGCUUGUGUCUACGGUGUUUACCUUGACGCUCUCGACGCAUUCGAUGGUGGUGUUCGUCAAAUCACAGGUCCUAAUGCUACAGCAGGCAUAUGGGCCACAUACCCUCAGGAAUAUUUGUCCAUUAGGGGUGGAUUUGGAGACCAGGUUUUCGGAACAUUUUUGCUGGUCGGGUGCAUAUUCGCAAUUCUCGACAAGAACAAUAAUGCCCCUCACAAGGGCGUCGCCCCGAUCCUCAUCGGUCUGACCGUAUUCAUCAUUGGAGCGACUUUUGGACUCAACUGUGGCUACGCCAUCAAUCCAGCGAGGGAUCUGGGUCCUAGAAUCUUCACGGCCAUGGCAGGCUGGGGCGGAGGAGUAUUUAC